AUGGAAGUUUUUGAAUAAUAAUAAUUUUACCAACUCAAAUAAUCAAUCAAAUAGGUUAAAUAAAUUGUAGAUGAAAUAUUAAAAAAGGCCAAGAAUUAAACAGAUCAAAAGUAGUAAAUUAAUUUAUAACUUCAAUAACCUUCAAUGAUGAAACCAUUGAUUUAGCAAUAAAAUAAUCAAGUAAACAUCUUAAAACAAAAUUUAAAACCAUUCACCUAUUAACAUAUCCAACAAUAUUCAGUUUCAUAAAGUGAAUAUUGUUGUGCAAUAGCUAUUAAUAAAGAUUGUUCAACAUUGUUGGCUGGAUGUUACUCAUUAAUUAAAGUAUUUGAAUUUAAACAAGGAAUGCUCAAAAAAAUUUAAAUAUUAACUGAACAUAAGAAUGAUGUGAAUACUUUAAACUUCAUGAAAAAGUAGAAUUAAUUUAUAUCAGGGAGUGCUGAUAAUUCUAUUAUUAUAUGGUAAAAUAAUUAAAAUAAUUAAUGGAUUUUGUAAUAGAGAUUAAAUGGACAUAAUUCUGUUAUCUAUUGUUUAAUAUUAAAUAAUAAUGAAGAUAUCAUUAUAUCAGGUAGUGUUGAUAAGACUAUUAAAUUUUGGAUGAAGAAGAAUGAAUGGUUGUGCUCAUAAACAAUUACAGAUCAUUCUAGUGAUGUUUAUGGAUUAAGUUUAAAUUAAUAAUAAAAUAGAGUUAUAUCUUGUGGUGGAGAUAAAUAGAUAUUAAUAAUAGAACAAUCACAUUAGAAUAAAGAAUGGAUUGUAAUAUAAAAGAUUACAGUCGAAUAAUAUGGAUAUAGAAUAUGUUUUAUGGAUAACAAUAUGUUCACAUUCUAACCAUAUGGUAAAGAAUAGAUGUCUAUUUUUGAGAUUAACAGCAUAAAUAAUAAGUAUAUCAAAAUUAAAGAUAUCAAUAUUAAAUGUGGAUCAGAUGGUAAUUGUUUAUUUCCUUAAUAAUAUAUAUAUUAAAAAUGCAUGCUUAUGAGUAAGAGUGGAGAAUAUGUGAAUUUAAUAAGUAAAAAAUAAAAUGGAGAGUUUGUUACUGAAUAAUCUAUUCAUUUUGGAAAUUAUCAUUUAUUUGGAGUAAUGAGUGAUGAUGGAGAGUAUUUAAUUACAUGGGAUGGGAAAUCAAAUUAGAUUUAAAUUAGAAAAUAUAAUGAAGUAUGA